CCCGCGUCUGAGGGGCAGUCAGAGCGCCAGGGGUGGUCGGUGCGGUAGGGACCAACCAGGGUAGCGCGUGAGCCCCGCUGAGAGCGCGGUGGGGGGCGGGGCCGCGGAGGGGCGGGGCUUAGCUCGGCCCGUGGUGAUUGCCCACCCCCUGAGUGACAGGCGGAGUCCGAGUGAGGGAGCAGGGACGGGAGCUCGCGCGGCCGGUGCUCGCUCUCCCCACACGCCAGCCUGUGUUAUGAGGCGGCCCUGAGAGUCGCGGCGGGGAGCCCAGCCCAGCAGGAGCCCGGCGCGGCCCGGGGGGACUGGGUCUCGCUUCACCCCCCCCGGCCAAACCGAUGACUACGGCAAACUGCGGCGCCACUGACGAGUUCGACUUCAGGCUGAUCUUCGGGGAGGACGGGCAGCCGGGCCCGGGGCCGCCGCUGGGGCCUGCAGAUCUUGAACCAGAUGAUUGUGCAUCCAUAUACAUCUUUAAUGUAGACCAACCAUCAUCUUCUGUAAAUCAGCCAAUUUGUAUCCCUCACCAUGGACUGCAGUCACACUCCUCUCCUCUGUCUCCACCAACCAGACUGCAGGGUCAUAAAAACUAUGAAGGAACUUGUGAGGUACCAGAAUCCAAAUACAGUCCACUAGGUGGACACAAACCCUUUGAGUGCCCUAGUAUUCAAAUUACAUCUAUCUCUCCUAACUGUCAUCAAGGGAUUGAAGCUAGUGAGGAUGAAUUGCACACAAAUGGCCCAGAAAAUGAAUAUAUGGAAAGGCCUUCAAGGGACCACCUGUAUCUUCCUCUUGAGCCAUCAUACAGGGAAUCAUCCCUUAGCCCAAGCCCUGCCAGCAGCAUUUCCUCCCGGAGCUGGUUCUCAGAUGCUUCCUCGUGCGAGUCUAUCUCUCAUGUUUAUGAUGAUGUAGACUCAGAGCUGAAUGAAGCUGCUGCUCGCUUUACCCUCGGAUCUCCUUUGGCAUCUCCUGGUGGUUCUCCAAGGAGUCCAGGGGAUGAACCUUGGCAGCAGCCUUAUGGAUUUGGGCAUGCCCUGUCUCCUAGACAGUCUCCUUGUCAUUCUCCUAGAACUAGUAUUACAGAUGAAAAUUGGCUAAACCCUAGACCAACAUCAAGGCCCUCAUCGAGACCUACAUCCCCCUGUGGGAAGCGACGACACUCCAGUGCAGAGAUUUGUUAUGCCGGCUCUCUCUCUCCUCACCAUUCUCCAACUCCAUCACCUGGCCACUCUCCCAGGGGAAGCAUAACAGAAGACACAUGGUUAAACACUUCUCUCCAUAGUGUACAAGGUCUUAGUCCUGGCCUUUCACCAUUUCAGUGUUGUACAGAGACUGACAUCCCUCUUAAAACAAGAAAGACCUCUGAGGAUCAAACUGCUACCCUAUCAGGAAAAAUAGAUUUCUGUUCUGAAGAACAGGGUAAUAUAUCACCAUCCCUUGAAACUGCAAUAGAUGAUUGCUCUGGAUCUCAACAUCCAUUGAAAAAGGAUUUGCCUGGUGACCAAUUUCUUUCUGUUCCUUCACCCUUUACUUGGAACAAACCAAAGCCUGGCCAUACUCCUAUAUUUCGCACAUCUUCAUUACCACCUCUAGACUGGCCUUUACCAACUCAUUAUGGACAAUGUGAACUGAAAAUAGACGUACAGCCUAAAACUCACCAUAGAGCUCAUUAUGAAACAGAAGGCAGUAGGGGAGCAGUAAAAGCAUCUACUGGAGCACACCCGGUAGUGAAGCUCAUAGGCUACAGUGAGAAGCCAGUAAACCUACAGAUGUUCAUUGGAACAGCAGAUGAUCGCUACUUACGACCUCAUGCAUUCUACCAGGUGCACCGAAUCACUGGGAAAACAGUUGCUACUGCUAGCCAAGAGAUAAUAAUUGCCAGCACAAAAGUACUGGAAAUUCCACUUCUUCCUGAAAAUAAUAUGUCUGCCAGUAUUGAUUGUGCAGGUAUUUUGAAACUCCGCAAUUCAGAUAUAGAGCUCCGUAAAGGAGAGACAGAUAUUGGAAGAAAGAAUACCAGAGUGCGACUUGUGUUCCGUGUUCAUAUCCCACAGCCUAGUGGAAAAGUGUUGUCUCUACAGAUCGCUUCCAUACCUGUUGAAUGCUCUCAGCGAUCUGCUCAAGAACUUCCUCAGAUAGAAAAAUACAGCAUCAACAGUUGUUCCGUAAAUGGAGGCCAUGAAAUGGUUAUGACUGGAUCUAAUUUUCUUCCAGAAUCAAAAAUUAUAUUUCUUGAAAAAGGACAAGAUGGACGACCUCAGUGGGAAGUAGAAGGGAAAAUAAUUAGGGAAAAGUGUCAAGGGGCUAACAUUGUUCUUGAAGUUCCUCCGUACCAUAACAAAACGAUUACAGCUGCAGUCCAGGUGCAGUUUUAUCUUUGCAAUGGGAAGAGGAAAAAAAGCCAGUCUCAACGUUUUACUUAUACACCAGUUUUAAUGAAACAAGAGCACAGAGAUGAAAUGGAUUUGACUGCUGUUCCAUCUUUGUCCCUGCCUCAUACUGGCAGCGUUCAGGGCCUGCACUCCAUCCGAACUCAGCUGUCUUCAGCAGAUCCAGGGCACCCGCAUGAUAGUUUACUGUCUACAUCACCCAGGAGCCUCGUGUGCCCAGUUCAGCAACCGUAUACAUCCAUGGUGACAUCAGCAGUAUCCCAUCUGUCUCACAUACAAGGUAGAAACAUCAGUCCAGGUGAUGAGUGUCAUGUUUUGCCUGCUGUGGUUCACCAGUCUUUCCAAGUAACAUCACCACCUCCUGUGAGGCCUUCCUACCAGCCUAUGCAAUCUAAUGUUAUGUACAAUGGGCAACCUGGUCUUCCCAUGAACUCUCCCUCCAGCCAAGGAUUUGACACUAUUUCAUUUCAACAAGAUGCAGCUGUACCUCAUUUGAUAAAUCUUAGCUGCCCACCUCUGCCACCAAUGCAGUACCAUUCUUCAAAUCCUGGCUCAGUGACAACUUCAUGUACAGUAGGGCAUCCUUUGGCACAUCCAGCUCAUUCAGGACAAUCAUCACCUCAUCUGCAGUCAAUGGGAUAUCACUGUCCAAAUACUGGGCAGGGUUCUCUCUCUUCUGCAAUGAAUCAACCCCUCGGGCAACCUUCCCCUCAGUUGCAGCAAGUCACAUACCAUUCUGCAAACCCAGGGUCUGCUUCAUCACCAUCCCCAACAGCUUCCCAUCCUUUGGUCCAUUCGCCACUGUCCGGGCCAGCUUCUCCUCAGCUACAACCUAUGCCAUACCAGUCUCCUAGCUCAGGACCUGCCUCAUCCCCUCCCCCAACAGCUAUAAGUCACUCGGGACAACACUCCCCUCAAGAACAUAGUCCUGGAUUGGGAGGUCUUCAUGCAGCUUCAUCUUUAGUACAUCACAGUGUAUGUGAAUCAUCUCCAUUUUCAUCAGACGGGGUAGCUGUUAACAUUAAACCAGAACCUGAAGAUCAAGAGUUGAAUUUUCAAACAAUUGGAUUGCAAGACAUCACACUAGAUGAUGACAAUUUUAUCUCUGACCUGGAAUACCAGCCAUCAGGUUCAGCAGAGAAAUGGACUCAACAUUCAGCAUUCAUGUCCAACUCCUGUGUGGAAAAUCUAGAGGUGAAUGAAAUCAUAGGAAGAGAUAUGUCACAGAUCUCAGUGUCACAUGGAGCAACAGUGGCUGGCCAAUCUCCAAAUACAUGCCCUGGAUCUCUGGAGACAGGAAUAUCGGAUGGAGUCUAAAAGCAGCUAAGCGUCCAUGAAAUCUUUCAAGUUUUCUCUGAAUAUUUCUUCUUCAUCCCCUUCUUUUACACUCACUGUGCUUCCAACUCUUGUGGCCUUUUAUAAACUGGAACAAUGGAUCCUUGCAUAGCCCUUUUAGUGGGUUACAUUUGCUGUAGACAGAGUAUUUCUAAUUCUAGUUUCUCGAGUGCUGUAAAAAAUGACUGAGUAAAUGGACACCAAGAAGCAAGACAAGAUAUUUUAACCGUUUAAAAAUUACAAAUGAGCUUUGCUGUUUUACAUUUAAAUAGAAUACUUUUAUAUAUUGUAAGUGCUUAAAAUGUGUGGAGAUGUUAGUUUUGCUCUUCUAAUAAUAUUCACAGUACUGAAUGUGGAGAAAAAUUUAAUACACAUCUUCAGUGUGCUGCUUUCCCUUAGAAGAAGUAGUAGAAUUGUAAUUGACAGUUUUGUACACCUUUGGUCAUUCUGAACAGCCUUUAAGCUUAUAUUGUUUGAAAGAUAACUUUUUAUAAUGAAAUCUUCCAGAGGCAAAAAAACAAACAAACUUGUCAUCUUAAGCCAAUGCCUUGGAAGCCAUUGUGUAUAAAAAUACUUUAGUGUUUUCUUUCUUUGAUUCAUAGGAAGCCAAGCCAAAUGUAGAUCUGCACUUCUUUAUAAACUGAAAAUGUUAUUUGAUAGGCUGCAAAGAGACCAUUCCAUCAUGGAAGUGUUGGGAUAGAAAUGACAUUCCAAAAUUUAACUUUUAUAACUAUAUGGAUAAUCUUCCUGUACUUUGUUAGCACAGGCUCCUUACUAAAAUAGCUUUUUCAUAGAAACUAUACAUUUGUAGUCAAAUUUGAAAAACUAGGAUUUUGAUGUAAAGAACCUUAAUUUCAAAGCCAUGUUAGAUAAGGGGGAAUUUUGAUAUUUGCAGAGGAUUUAAGUGUGUUAUCACUAUGAAAUACACCAAUCUUCAGUAGCUCUAAUAUUUUCCAUGCAGUAAAUCAUUUGCUUACAUCCCUAUUCUAUAUCUUCAUCUGCCUAAAUCCUGCCACUUUGACAUUGCAGUUUCUUAAAUUUGAACUAUGAACAUUUAUCUGCUAAAAAGAAACUUACUGUGAGUGAGUGCUUUAAAGGAAAUACAUUUGAGUAAUUUGUAGGGUUACCAUAUUUCCACAUGCAAAAAAGAGGACACUGGGGGGGAGGAGCCCUGCUCUAGCCCUGCCCCCAUCCACUCCCUCCCACCCCCGCUCCUUGUCCCCUGACUGCCCCCUCCUGGGACCCCUGCCACUAACUGCCCCCUAGGAUCCAGCCCCCUAUCUAAGCUGCCCUGCUUCUUGUCCCCUGACUGCCCCCUCCUGAGAACCCCCUGUGACCCUACCUGUCCCCUGACUGCCCCGACUCUUAUCCACACCCCUGUCCCCAGAGACUCCCAUGCCCUAUCCAACUGCCCCCUGACAGGACCCCCAGAACUCCUGACCCAUCCAACCCCCUCUGUUACCUGCCUGCCUCAAUCCCUCUCCCCACCCCUGCCUGCCUGACAGCCCCCUCAGAACCCCAGACCCAUCUAACCCCCCCUGCCCCAUCCCAACCCCUCUCCACACCCCUGCCCCCCUGACAGCCCCCCCCCAAACUCCCAACCCAUCCAACCUCCCCCCCCCCCGUCCCCUGACCAGGGCCGGCUUUAAAGAGCCCAGGAAUCAGGCUGCGCUCCGGCUGGAGGUGCUCGGCCGGGGCUGGGCCGGCGCGCUCAGCCAGAAGCAGGGCUGGCGCUGCUGGGGCCUGAGCCGGGCCGGGCUGGGAGUGCUCGGCCAGAACCGGGGCCGCUGCCCUGGGGCAGCUGGGCGCUGCUCGGCCAGGGCCGCGCCUCCCCAGAGCUCUCCUCCUCGCGCUGCCUGCCCGCCCCAGCUUACCUGCUGCUGCCUCCCACCUGCCCCUGCUUCUUUUCAGACUUCCCGCGAAGAUUUGAGUCGCAGGAAGCGGGGGAGGGGGAGGAGCAGGUGGGCAGAGCGUUCAGGGGAGUGGAGGAGGGGGAAGACAGCUGCGGGGCUGGACAGUGUGGUAAGGCUGCAGGGGAUGGGGGGAGCCGGGAAGGGGUUUUGGGUGCCCAGCGGCGCUUGGCCGUUGCUUUUCUGUCUAUAAAUAGCCGACCGGGGGGAAAUCCCGGACAUUUUUAGAUUUUUAAAAAUCCCCCCUGGACGGCUAUUUAUAGACCGAAAAGCCGGGCAUGUCCGGGGAAAUCCGGACAUAUGGUUGCCCUAGUAAUUUGCCCAUAGUUAAUGGUAAAUUUAUAAAGCAGAAUUUGUCAGAGGAAAAUAAUGUAUGAGACAAUGACUGUGGUAUUAAUCCCUUAAAAUUUGUAUGAAAUGAUGCAUUUUCUUACCCACUUCAUCAGAUAGUAAUGUUUACACAACAUGGCUUUUAAAACCUCAGGCCUCUGAUUAAAAACCUGGCAGAGGAUCUGAAACUGCUUAUUUAGGCCAUGUUAAGUAUUUCCCAAGAGGUUGUAGUUUACAGACCUGUCUGAUGUGGAACAUACAGGGUAUCCAAAAAAUAAGAGAGAUUCAUAUAUAGCAAAAUAAGAUCAGAACUACACUUUCAUACUUGAAAUUGUUUUUAGUCCAUAUUUCUGUUCUUCUGUUGAAAUACCCAUUAUUAAUUCUGGUUACAAUGAAAAGCAAAUACAUUCAACUUCGAUUAUAAGGGGAUGAUAACAUUGAAUUAGUUCAGAUAUUUGAGGGUAUUUUCAUUGCAAUCAAUACAUGUACAGGGCAUGCCCUUGUUUUGGAGACAUGAAGCUGUUUUGUCUAUAUAUGUUCUUAAGUUACAGUAACACAAAGUCUUAAAUGGACUCCAUUAUUGAGGUCAUUAGGAAUAAAAACCCACUAUAGUAAAUAUCGGUGUUGUGGUUGCACAUGUAUUGGCUGAGUAGCAGGGGGACGUUUACAUAGAACCUCUUGCAUAUGAAAUACCAAUGUGCGCUACAUGUUUAGAUGUAAUGUUCUAGCAAUACUGUUAAAGGAUAUAAACUAUAUCUUUGUAUUUAGAUCAUGGAGUUUUAGAAAAAGACAUCCAUUUCCACCAACUUUUCAAAUGUAACUUCCUUCUAAGCAAACAUGCAUUUUAAAAAACAGCUGGGACUACCAUGGUGGUAAAUUUUAGGUAUUAUUUUUCAAAUCAGUUUAUGGUAAGGCCACUAUACAGAUAGAUUCAUUUCUGACAAACUAUGUAUUCUGGGAAGCUAAGCAUCCUUUCAGUUAAUGUACUGUACAUUAGUGUAAGUGUCUCUCAAAAUAGUUAUUUUGGCAGUUCUAUCAUUUGAAAAGAAUUGUAAUUGUCCCUCAGGUGCUUCUUUAGUUACUAUCCCUACUCACAUCAACUGUAAACAUGCUAAAACACUGAAGUGUUCAGAAAUACAGCUAGUUGCGUUUUUAUAACACUCUUUAAAUCACUGUAAGCUGUGUCACUGUCUUUAGGUUGUGUGCUGGUGCAAGGUGUGUUCCAGUUUUCAUUUCAUGUACCGGGUCUGUUGAAUUAAUCAAUGUGUGUGGGAGGACUCUAAUUUUGAGCUUUUCAUACUUGUGUGGGUUUUGUGCUCCUAACGACUGGUACAGCCUCUUCUCCUUGCAAGUCCUUUGAAUGAGUAGCUGGAAUUCAUACUGUACCUAAAAUAUGCGAGCCCAUACAAUCCAGAGUUGCUAUGCACUAAAUCUUCUGAUGCCUUUAAAUACCUUGAUGCCUGUAGACCUAGAAAUGCUUUCCUAUUUAAAUAAAUAUAGCUUUUGGAUACUAAAACAGUUUUUGUAUUUGCCUUGUAAAAGCUUCAGUACAAGGGUCUUAAUUUUAUUUUGGCUUGUGUGGUACUGUAAAGACUGUUAAAAGCACACAAUCUUCAUUGGACUAUGCAAAUUUAAUUUUACAACAAUACCUUGUGACUUGAUAAUUUGUUGGCAUCCACUUUCUUGCCCUUCCUCAGUCCCUGCUUUCCAUACUUAUGUUUAGAUUUUAAACAUUAAGGAAAGCCUUAACAGUAGUCUGUCUUCUAUGGAGGAUCAAUGUUGAGAAUAAAGAUUGAGAAGUAUUUGACACAUUAGAUGUGGGCCAUGAAAAAGUAACUUAAGUUUCUGAAUUUAACCACAAACCUGGCAAUCAGACUUCCUCUAUUAAAUCUUACAAUUAUAUCAGUGGAACUGCCAUCCUUUGUAAACCAAAGAGAAAAAUGACAAUUUUGUUCUGAUGCAAACAAAGCUUUGAAACUCUAUUUUUGAUACACAUAGUGGAUGUCAUUCCUUGAGGUUUGGAAAUUGUUCAAAUUAAAGUUUUAUAUUUAAAAAUAUGGGACAAUAAACAUUGACUAAAGAUUAAGUUCUAGAUGUUUACAGAGCCUUGUAUUGUAAUUUCAUGUACAUUUUGUAUUUUAAACAUUUUGUAAGUUAUGAUUGCAGUGCUAUUUGAGAAAUACAAAGGGAAGAACUUGUAUUUUAGGCUCUCUUAAAUCAUAGUGUUGAAAUAAAUAAGAAAAUACAUAAUGUGUCACUGUUUAUUGAAAUACAUCACCUAUGUAGGAGUAAAGUAAAAUUGUGUUUAAUCCACUAGUCUUACACUGCUGAACAGCUGUGUUGCGCUGCUAUUUGGGGUACCAAAUGUAUGAUGCUUGUUAAUAUCCCCAAAUGGCUGCAUAUUUUGGUACAAACUAGCCCUGGACUGAAGUGACAAUACUCUUGCAGUUCAGAAUGAAUUAGCCUUGGUAAAGCAUAAUGGGAGAGUACACCAACUGCUACUAAUUACUUAAGCGCUUGAGUAUCAAGCUCACCCAUUUACAUUUAAAUACUAGUCACUAUUGUAUAUUUUUUUCUCCAUGGUAAACAGUAAUCUUCAUUCAUAAAAUUAUAGCCUUACUUGCUGUCAUUAGAAGCUAGAUGCUUUCUUCAGUAUUUUAUCAAAAGGUGGUGAAUAUUCAAUUUCAUGCAUCAGUUCUAGCUUUUGUGCCUCUCUUCCUCCCUCUCCAAUCUCUCAACUCCUGAUUCCACAGCCACAAAAAAAACACUUGGUUGCAUGUAAGGAUAUUAGAAUAGGACUAAGAAUGCCAAGUGAACAUACAUCCAGCAUAUUAAAGUGAGCUGAAUUGUUUUCACAUUUGCUUUAUAUUUCUCCUCACCCUUGUACAACAUUGUUUAUCAGUACUGAACCUGCUCAGUGCUUGCUGCCCUCACUGAUCUAUUGCAGUCACUAACUGCAGACUUCAGUCCUCAUACAUGUUUGAUUCCUCUGAUUUUGGUUUCAUCCAGAAAUCUGAUUACUCCUGAAUUUAUACCAAAGAGAAGCCAAAUGUUGCCAUGCAGGAUACAAAGAGGUGAUUGACAGAGGGUGGGUGGGGCAAUAGUAGAGCAUCUGAAAACCUGAAGAGCCCAGGACUAGGCUAAAAUCAGCCUUCAUUGUGUAAACACUAACAGUUGCUUCAACAAGGGGCAAGAAGCAGUUCCAUGGACAGCAUGGAAGUGUUCCAAAGAUGACAGUUUGAGAACCACAGUUAAAAUAUUCCUAGACCUUGUGGAAGUCUGUAUCUAAAUGACAGACACUGCACUAGCCCUGUUGUAUACCCAGUUUCAUUAUACUGCAGAGGUGCUUGUGUUACUGUGGUGACAAAUGCAGUAUAAAAACUAAAAGUAGUAAUGUCGUGAGCUCAACGGUAUUUCUACAAGAUGUCCCAACCUGCACAUUAAUACUGUCAGACAUUUAGAUUUUUAGGAAUUUUAAGGAAUUCAAGUUAGUGAGUGAAAUUUACUUCACUCGAAAAAAGUGACUAAUC